GGGGCAAGGGCGGGGGCGGUGCGGGCGGCGCGCAUGCGCAGCGGGGCGGGGAGGCCGGAAGCGGGAGCGGGGCCGGGCGGCGGGGCAGGCACCGGGCGCUGCCCGCCAUGAGCUGCCGGCAGCCGCUGCCCAGCGAGCGCGGGGCGAGGCAGAGGAAGAGGAGGCGCAACGGCAAUGAAGAUGACAGCCACGUUCCCCAGACAAAACGUAACACCAGGAACACCGUCCUUCAGGACUCGUGGGACACCGAGUCCUCCAGCAGCGAUAGCGGCAGCAGCAGCAGCAGCUGUAGUAGCAGUAGCAUCAACAGCCCUGACAGAGCGAGCGGCCCAGAAACCAGCCUAAACCCGGUCAUUGCAGGAUCCAGUCCUGUCUCCUCUCAGUCCUUCCAUGAGCAGUCUGCACUAAGUCAAGGUCCUUACUUCCACAUCAACCAGAUCCUGAAGGAGGCACACUUCCACAGCUUACAGAGCCGGGGACGCCCUCCUACAUGAUGAACCAGCAGUUCCUUGCCUUCUGUGAAGGGACAGCACUGUGUAGAUUUGAUAUUUCAACUUCAAGUUUGUUAAAAUGGAAUUGCACAAAACGCCUGUUGCCUUUUCUGUCUAUAUUUGAAAUAACAGGUUAACAGGAAAUUGUUUACUUGUGGUUUGCUGCACUAUUGCAAUGCAAAAGGGGCUUUGAAGCAAUUUUUAUAGGAUUCUUUUUGGGGUGGUUGUAAAGUACGUGUCCAGAGGAGACCGAGGAAUCCACAUCUGUGUUAUAGGAUUGCAUAAUGUCCAAUUCCAUUGACUGCCUAAUCUGUUUGUUAGCAGUUUGCUUUAUGUAAAAUUCUUUCAAACAUUCAUCUUCAGUUUUAUAAGUCUUUUUUUUAAUUUCAAUAAACUAGUAAAAAAAAUAUUUGGCAAAAUAUUUCUGAGCAUUUAGAAGUAACAGAACAGUAAUAGGCGCUGUCACUGGAAUGCGCUAGGACUGAUCCAGCUGUAAGCUCUCAGCCCAGUGUGGUGCGUGACGAGCUUUACUUUGCUUGAUCUUUCCUGUUGCAGUAUUGAAAAGAAAUUGUGAAACUAGAACCAGGAAAGCUUAGGCAGCUGUAGCCAAAAUAGCAGGUGGCUGCUGGGUUUGCAUAGAGCUAUCUGCUGAGAAGAGCCUGGGGAGGAGCUUUUGGAGGAAAGGAAACGUUGCUCUGAUACCAAUUUCUAGCUGUGAAACUUUUUUUUUGUUAUAUUGUGUAGUUUUGUUUCUUUAAUUUGUCUUUAACUCCUAAGGAAUAGAAAGUGCAGGAGUAGCUAGAGCACCACUUCAGCGUGCAAAGUACAAGGACCUUCCUGGCCUGUGCCUGGUUCAAGCGGCAUUGCUACUGUCUGGCUAAGCAUGGCAAAGUACUCCUCUUCUGGCAGCACCGGCGGAGGUGUCACCAGUCCCUGCUGAGGGCAGAGCGUUCUCCGCAAAGACAAAUACAGAGACAAACUUCUUAUUUUUUAUUGAAUCACUUGGUCAUGCCAGAAAGCCAUCCCAGCUUGAAGAGCGAAGGUGCAGCUGUGUCUUCCUCCUCGGUUACAAGCUGCCUGAACAAAGAGCCAGGGCGCGAUGCCUCCUCUUCUGCUCUUGUGAGGGCAGGAGGUGGAACCUGUUUGUUUUUAGAAACAAGAGUCAGGAACUCUCACAGCACACCUUUGACUUAUUCCCUACCCUCAUCUACAGUAGCUGCAGGGAGGUGCAGACUACAGAACAGCUGUUCCCAGACAACUCGAGCCCGAACCACAACGUAACUGCUUCCACGCGUGGUUAGGGACAAGCAGAGGCAGGUCUGAGUGGCAGAUGCGCAGCUUUUUGCUGUUGUUAGCAAGUUUCUUUUCAGAUGUCAUCCAGCGCUCCCAGAUAAUCAUUCUGUACAGCAAAGAGAGGGGGGCUGCUCUUAGAGCAAGGGGGUAAUAAUGAUAAAAGGACAGCUGUCGCCUGUGCGGAGUUCUUGAGUAACUGGACUUCAGCCUCUGUUCUGUCAUAAAAGGAACAAGCAAUGCUGUGAAGUGGGGCUAAUGCAAAGAUACACGUGCCACCACAGCCAACACUGCUGCCACAGCAGGGGAGUGGUAAAGCGAGACAGACAUCACCGCACACUCUGCACGCUACUACAGCUGAGGUGUAAGAGGUAAAGAACACCUGUACUGCGAAGCUCUGGGCUUUAAACAACUCUGGUCUAUGUCUGCUUCUUAAAUCUUCUGAAUAUUGGAGAACGAGAGCUGCAGAGUAAAGGCUAGUUUCAAGUAACUCUCUGCUCUGAUAAAAAACAUCUUUACUGUUCAUCCCAGUCGAAGACACAUUGUCACCGAUGGAUUAUUGGAUUGUUUGUGGCUAAGGAAACGUCCCCCAUUCCUGCUUCCUGCAGCAGUGAGGUAUUCCUUGGCUCUCAGUCCUCAGCACGGGGAAUUCCAGCUAAGCAAAUGCUUUAAACUGGAGGAAAUGUAGCAACAUCGGGGUUGUCUACUAAUAAAACUCAGAAGCAAGACACUGCAGAGCCUUUGCAAGAGAAGCAAGCCACUCCGUUCACACAGGCUUAAAUACCCAAGCCAGGCUUCGUCGGGAGUUAAAGGUCAGCAUCGCACUGGAAGGGAGUUCAAAUAAUUAGAUAGCAUCCUUCAACGUUUCUUGCAGCUAUCCUUAAAUGAAUUAAGCUGUUUAUGAAUUGAUCUCAAAAUGACUCAUCUGUGCAAGUCUUCACUGCAUUUCCAUGGUAGUUACUGCCUAUGUUUUACCGCAAGCCCCCAAAUACCCAGGGGCCAUCAGGGUGUGGUUUUUUUUGGGUCAAGGGGAAAUCCAAACCGUCUCAUGCUGUGUUGCCGUAAUGGUCCUCAUUUUACAGAGAAUAAAAAUCGGGUUAAAUAUUAA